UCCUCCUCCACCCCCUCUGAAGUGGUCAGAGUCCAGAGAGCUGAGGGCCCCACGUGGGUGACCAGCAAGGAAGGAGACUGUGUCCGCCCAGCCUCUACCGGAGCCUGACUGCCCACUGAGAGGAUGAAGGUCUCCGUGGCUGCCCUCUUUCUCCUCAUUCUCACCAUCACUUCUGUUGUUCACAGUCAGCCAAAAAUUCCUGAGUCGGUGAACCCCCCACCCACCUGCUGCCUGAAGUAUCAUGAGAAAGUAUUGCCAAGAAAACUCGUGGUGGGAUACAGACGGGCCCUCAACUGUCACCUGCCAGCAAUCAUCUUCAUCACCAAGCGGAAACGAGAGAUCUGUACCAACCCCAACAACGACUGGGUCCAAGAGUACAUCAAGGAUCCCAGACUUCAUCUGCGGCGUUCCAGGAGGUUGGCCUAGGUUAACAUCACCAGAUGGGAGGAAGGUCAAACCCAGAUCCACAACUCGCCGUGGUGGUCAGGCCUCCAAUGGAGCCCAAGUUCGACGAGGGGGAAGACGUAAUCCUGUGAAAACGCAGGCAACCUUGUGGUCUGAAGGACAAGAGUCACCUUCAGAGAAAGAGGCCAGAGAUUCAAAAAAGUAAAGCAUAUUGAAUACAUUCUCAGUCUCUGGAGGAAAUGCCAAGGUUGAAGGGGAGGGCAGGGAUACAUCCUUAACGCUCAGCAUAGCACUUUCACAUCCUCCUCCUUGUCCUGCUUCAGACCCUCACCUCCCUCCCAUGCACCAGCCCGUCCUGAACAAUCACGUCCCGCUUCCCAACAGCCAAACCACCUCUGGCUCUCUCUGGCCUCCCACUCAUUAAAAGACUCACGGGACUCUUGACUUUUCCUGUCCACCCUUAUCCUUUUUCUAGAUCUCUUUCUUCUUCUAUUAUGCUUUUCUUUUAAAACCUAACCUUUUGGGACUUCCCUGGUGGUCCAGUGGCUAGGACUCCGUGCUCCCAGUGCAGGGGGCCCAGGUUCAAUCCCUGGUCAGGGGACUAGAUCCCACACGUUGCAACUAAAAAACCCCUCAUGCCGCAACUAAGACCCAAGGCAGCCAAAUAAAUAAAAAUUAAAAACAAAAAA